AUGAACCAUAAAAGCUUGGGACAUGUACUACAUAAAUCUUGUCAAAGCCUGUUGAAGCUGAAGCAAAUCCAUGGCCAAUCCAUCAUACUCGGCAUCUACAAUCACCACCAACACUUCACCUGCAAAUUGCUCAACUCCUACUUAAAACUAGGCCAACCACUCCUAGCCCACACUGUCUUCUCUCACAUUCAAAAUCCAGACGUUGUGUCCUUGACUUGCCUCAUCUCCAUCUACCUCCACCUUCAACUUCCCACCAAUGCCUUCUCUGUCUUCUCCCAUUUGGUCCUCUCUGGUCUCAAACCUGAUGGCUUUUCCAUGGUCGCUGCUCUCUCCGCUUGUGGCCGUAUGGGAGACCUCAACAGUGGCAAGAUAGUUCAUGCCAUGGCCUUCAGGUUUGAAUUCUGGGGUGGGUCUGAACCACCCAUUUUGGGUAAUGCCCUGAUCGACAUGUACAGCCGAAACAAGCGAAUUCAAUCAGCUCAAACGGUGUUUGAAGCAAUGGAAAUCAAAGAUGUUGCUUCUUGGACCAGCCUGCUUAGUGGUUAUGUCAAGUGCAACGAUCUUGAACAUGCUCGCCACUUGUUUGAUAUAAUGCCGCAUAGGAAUGUUAUUUCUUGGACUGCUAUGAUUGUGGGCUACGUCAAUGGGGACUCCCCAAUUCGGGCACUGGAAUUGUUUCGGGAGAUGAUGAGAGCAGAUGGCGAAGAAGAUUACCCAACUGCUGUUACAAUUGUUGCUGUCCUCUCGGGUUGUGCUGAUAUUGGAGCUUUUGAUCUUGGCAUGUCAAUACAUGGUUACGUGAACAAAACCAAUCUGAUUGUGGAUGUGGUGGUGAAUAAUGCUCUUGUAGAUUUGUAUUCCAAGAGUGGAAGCCUUGAUUUGGCAGUCGAUACGUGGCAUCCUCUUAUCCAUUGA